CAAUCAGAAAAAUUUUGCAUAAUUCGAACUGGCUACUAGCUGAAUAUAAACGCCCCGUUUAGGUGAAUUUUUCUAGGUUGAAUAUGGACAAAAGAACCUACCUUUCAGCCCAGUUAUUUUUAGCUAGUAGGUCCAACUUAACUAUCUAGCUUCUAGCUAUUGACUACCCACCCUUUUCGUAAAAAACAAAUUAAAUAUAGAACUGCAUCGGUAGUACCCCAAGACACACAGUAACGAUUCCACGUUCGUGAGACUCACUCCAUAUAUAAACUUUCCUCUCUUCAACUCUUUUCUUGUCAAGGCACUGCAAAUAGUUCCAGAAUGGAUAAUCAAACCGGAUUGACAAUUUUGAGUUCGGUACUCGACAAAAUGUCGUACCCGAACCAAAUAUUGUCACCUGGUCAAGACGAUUCGAAAGGCAUAGACGUCGGAGUUCUACACAGAUUGCUGAUGAAAGGAUGCUACAUAAAAGGCCGGGAUAAUACAAAAGAUGAAGAUGGAGGGACAUCGCAAACGAUACAUGUCUUUAUCAAAAACUUGACAGGGAAAACUAUUCAGUUCUCCAUUAGUCCCUUAGCCAAAGUUGAGGAUUUAAAGGACAUGAUCCGUUCAAAGGAAGGCAUUCCAAUAGAUCAGCAACGCUUGAUUUUUGAUGGUAAUCAGCUGGAAGAUGGAAAAACUUUGGAACAUCACAACAUUAAACAUGAAAGCACGCUACACCUUGUACUGAGAUUGAGGGGAGGAGGAGAACUUAUUGUUUUACGACCUUCAUUGUUGGACACACCGUACCAUUACGAUUUCACCAACAUUUCUGAUAACGGAGUCAAGUUCUGUAGAGGAGGAUCGAUCUACAUCCGCCCGUGCGGAUGGCAACGAUACGCAUUAAAAGUCAAAGGCAAGUUCCCGGACGAUAUUUGGCUGCAAGGUAAAACAUCUCGGGCUGACCAAUACUCUUCCGCUGAAGACGAAUGGCCAGUGUCCUACCACGGAACUUCUUACCACAACGGUCUCUCAAUCGCAGAGGAAGGAUAUAAAUUGAGUAAAGGAGAGCGUUUCUUGUACGGCAAAGGUAUUUACUCGACCCCCGAUAUCGGGGUGGCAUCCCUAUAUGCUGUUGAAGCCAACGUAGACGGAAAAAUUUAUAAAUUCGUCGUGCAAAAUCGUGUCAACCCUCGAAAUUUAAAAAAAGUUGGUAAAGAUGUAACGAAAAUAGGCGAAUAUUGGAUCUCGCCUAAUGACGAAGAUAUUCGCCAAUAUGGCUUCUGCAUCAAAGAAUGUUGACAUUUUUUGUUUCUUUGUUUGCAUUUUAAAAAAUUGCAGCCAAUAAAAGUACUUUUGUCAAUAAUCACGAUAAAAUGAAAUUUUUUCGUGCAUAGUUAACAGAACAUUUUUAACCCCGUUUCAAAAAACAAAUAAAUUUUGAAGUUGCCAUGUAAGUUCUCAUGAACUCUAUGAAAGACAGUAGACGACAUGUGCCAAACGGAAAUGCAAUCAUCGUUCUACUGACAAGAAAACCAAAGCUGUACUCGGACUACGCGUUAAUUUACAAGCGAGCUUGUAUGUUUAGAUCACCUUUUCAACCAAAAAAUAUUUGCAACAAUUGUGUAUAGCGCCUAAAUUCCCUAAAAGAUCUUACUAGUACUGCAGUGUUUAAAAGACUAAAUAAAAUACUGAAAACCUAAAA